AAAUAUGUAUUUACCAUACACACAACUGCCCGAUCCAACGGACAAAUUCGAAAUCUAUGAAGAAAUUGCACAGGGCGUCAACGCAAAAGUAUUUCGGGCAAAAGAGUUAGAUAAUGAUCGAGUGGUAGCCUUAAAAAUUCAGCACUAUGAUGAGGAACACCAAAUAUCGAUUGAAGAAGAGUAUCGUACUUUACGCGAUCACUGCAAUCAUCCAAAUCUUCCCGAGUUUUAUGGCGUCUACAAGCUUGAAAAGUCAAAUGCACCUGAUGAAAUAUGGUUUGUUAUAGAGAAAUAUGUCUCAAGUUAAAGCACGACAAACAAGGAG